GGUCGGUCAAGGCGGCAAUUUGGUUCCCCUUCCCGCUGAAGCUGUAUAGGCGGCGCGAGGCGGGCCUCUUUCGCGGGAAACUUUCGCGAGCAAAUCGGAGUUGCGGCUGAUGGCGAAGAAGGGCGAGAGAGCAGAGCAGGUGGCGGCGGUGCGCGCGGUGCUCGGCGAGGAGACGCCGGAGAUGGACAUCAUCCGCGCGCUCCACAUGGCCGGCGACGACCCCACCAAGACCAUCAACAUCCUCCUCGACCUCCACCACAACCUGCCGCCGCCGCCGUCGCCGUCGCCGUCGCCCCCGCCCCAGCCCCCGCCGGUCCAACCCACCAAACCCCCUAGCAAAUCGAUCCCGCCGCCCAAAACCCCUGCGCAGCCGAAGCCGCCGGCGGCGGCGACUGGGAAACCUAGGCCCAAGUCCAACCCCCCACCCACCGGCGGGGGCGAGCACUGGUGGCUGGUGGGGAGCGCCGAGAUGGCCGGCCUGUCCACCUGCAAGGGCAGGCGCAUCGCCGCCGGGGAACCGGUUACCUUCUCGUUCCCCAACUCCGCGACCGCAGCCGCCUCGGGCAAGGGCCGUCCUGGUCGCUUUGCCCUCGCUUCCUGCACCUCGGAGAUUAUGCGCUUCUCAACCCCGACCCACGGGGAGGUCGGCCGCAUCCCCAACGAGUGGGCGCGGUGUCUGCUACCCCUUCUCAAGGAGGGGAAGGUCAAAGUGGAGGCCCUGUGCAAAUCCGCUCCUGAGGUUCUUAGCAUCAUGGACACCGUCCUCUUGUCUGCUAGUAUAUACAUCAACAGCUCCAUGUUCCGUGAUCAAAAGCAGUCACUGCCCAAGGCAACGCGUGCUGCUACGGAGGACUCCACAUUCCAUCCACUCCCCGCACUUUUCAAAGUCAUCGGGAUUACCCCUUUUAUGAAGGCUGCAUUUACUCCAGAAGAUCUCUAUUCCAGAAAGCGACCAAUUGAAAGAAAGAGCAGUAACGGGGAGCCAGCCACAAAGUUGACAUCUGAGAAAGUGAAAUUAUCUUCCAGCGGAAAUGAAGAUGAUCAUGCUGAAGGAACUGUUUCAGAUUCAGAUUUGGAUGUUAUAAUUGGAAUCUCAGACAGUUCUGCACUGGAGGAGAGGGAUCCGCCUGAGGCUCUGCAGUGCGAUCUGCGCCCUUAUCAGAAGCAGGCCCUUCAUUGGAUGCUGCAGCUUGAGAAAGGCAGUUGCUCCCAGGAUGCAGCUACAACCCUUCACCCUUGUUGGGAGGCAUAUAAGCUUGAAGACAAGAGGGAAUUUGUUUUGUACUUGAAUGUAUUUUCAGGAGAUGCCACCACUGAAUUUCCUAGUACAUUACAGCUUGCUAGAGGAGGGAUUCUGGCAGAUGCGAUGGGACUAGGGAAAACUAUUAUGACGAUAGGUCUUCUUCUCUCUGAUUCUAGCAAAGGAUGCGUCACAACUCAGCAUAGUACUCAGAUCUCUGGAGAAGCUAGUGGGCUGGGUGAAACUCCUAUUCAGUCCCUUGAUUCCGUGAAGAAUCUAGCUAGCCCUUUUUCUUUUAGCAAGCUCAGGAAAACUAAGGCCCCACUGAUUGGAGGUGGAAAUCUAGUUAUCUGCCCGAUGACAUUACUGAGUCAGUGGAAGGCAGAGAUUGAAGCUCAUACAAAACCGAAUUCUUUGAAUAUAUAUGUUCAUUAUGGCCAAAGCAGACCAAAGGAAGCAAGCUUUAUUGGUCAGAAUGAUAUUGUCCUGACCACCUAUGGUGUCGUGGCAUCAGAAUUUUCAACCGAGAGUUUUACAGAAAAUGGUGGCCUCUACUCUGUUCACUGGUUUAGAAUUGUGCUUGAUGAGGCGCACAUGAUAAAGUCAUCUAAAAGUUUAAUAUCCCAAGCUGCUGCUGCUCUUACUGCUGAUCGGCGAUGGUGUCUUACUGGUACACCAAUUCAGAACAACUUGGAGGAUCUAUACAGCCUUUUUAGGUUUCUGAAGGUUGAACCAUGGAGAAACUGGGCCCUGUGGAAUAAACUUGUACAAAAACCAUUUGAAGAAGGUGAUGAAAGAGGCUUAAAGCUAGUGCAGACCAUUUUAAAGCCAGUAAUGUUGAGGAGAACUAAAAAUAGCACAGACAAGGAGGGCAGACCAAUCCUUACUCUACCCCCGGCGAAUAUUGAAGUGAAAUAUUGUGAUCUAUCAGAGUCUGAGAAGGACUUCUAUGAAGCUCUGUUUCGACGAUCUAAGGUGAAAUUUGAUCAGUUUGUGGAGCAAGGGAAGGUCCUGCACAAUUAUGCUUCAAUUUUGGAGUUGCUUUUGCGCCUUAGGCAAUGUUGUGACCAUCCAUUUCUUGUUAUGAGUCGUGGAGAUACACAGGAGUUUGCAGACCUCAAUAAGCUUGCAAAGCGUUUCCUGCAUGGUGGUAAUAGUAAUGUUAAUGGGGAUUCUUCUUCCCUUCCCUCUAAGGCUUACAUUGAAGAGGUUGUCCAAGAGCUGCGGAAAGGUGAGGGGGAAUGCCCUAUUUGUCUGGAAGCCUUUGAGGAUGCUGUGUUAACUCCCUGUGCUCAUCGAUUAUGCCGAGAGUGUAUUUUAUCUAGUUGGCAGAGUCCAGCAGCAGGUCUUUGUCCUGUUUGUAGAAAGUCGAUGACCAAGCAAGAUCUUAUUACUGCUCCAACUAACAGUCGCUUCCAAAUUGAUGUUGAGAAGAACUGGGUUGAAUCUUCGAAGAUAUCUUUUCUUCUAGAGGAAUUAGAAUCUCUUCGCAGUUCAGGCGCCAAGAGUAUCGUGUUUAGUCAGUGGACCGCAUUUCUAGAUCUCCUGGAAAUUCCACUUUCCAGGCAUGGCAUCUCAUUUACCAGACUGGAUGGGACCUUAAAUCUUCAGCAGAGAGAGAAAGUGAUCCGUGAGUUUUCCGAGGACAAACGGAUUCUGGUUUUACUUAUGUCUCUGAAGGCUGGUGGUGUUGGAAUAAACCUCACCGCUGCCUCUAACGCGUUUGUCAUGGACCCUUGGUGGAAUCCUGCUGUUGAAGAACAAGCUGUCAUGCGCAUCCAUCGAAUUGGUCAAACGAAGAGUGUUUCUAUCAAAAGAUUCAUUGUCAAGGGUACUGUUGAGGAAAGAAUGGAAGCUGUACAGGCUCGUAAGCAGCGAAUGAUUUCCGGAGCAUUGACGGACCAAGAAUUCCGCACAGCACGUCUAGAAGAACUGAAGAUGCUCUUCUCUUGAGAAACACGGUGGUUGCUCAUGAGCAUUCGAUCCUCACAGGCCUCCCCGGCGUUUGCAUCCGUAGCUAACAAACAACUCUCAUAUGGAGACAAGUCGCCAUUCUUUUUGCCCAGAAGCGAAAAGAGGAUGCUCAAAACGAGGGGUAAGAAAUCCCCAUAUUGCCGCGCAUGUCGCUUCUUUCUUUGGGGUUUAAUUGUUGUUGUAGGCAUAUCUUUCUUUUUGAGGGGUUGUUGUAGACAUACUUCUGUAUAUAUUUGAACAUGGACAUCAGAAUUUUGAGAGUUGGCAGGAAGAAAAUUCUACAUCCUUGUUUUAUAUAGGAGUUCCUUGAUGGUGUAAAAACUUUCUUUUCAAUUAUCCUGGUGGGCCCCACCUGUUAACCCAUGUUUAAAAUAAUAGUAUCAUUGUAAA